GGAUUCGACUCCAUAACGCCUCGGGCUUAACUGUCGUCUACUGCAAUAAUUAUUAACGCCGAAACCGCGAACCGCGUUACCGGUCCCUAGCUCCGGCAAGCGGGUCCCCGGCUCCGCCGAGCUCCGCCGGUGACCUAACGGCAGCUAGUGUAGUGUCGUCAUUUCUGUGUUUUCCCCAGAGAAGAGGGGAAGAGAGAGGGGCUGUUAUCUAUCUACGUACGUACGUAGCUCGAGUUAAUUAAAACGGCUAGCGUCUGGAGGAAGGAAGUUGAGUCACAAAUCUCGCGGGACAACAACUGUCCGUAUUAUAUAUAUACACCGUAUCUCUCUGUUCAUCUCUAUCUACGCUUCGCUUCGCCUCCCUUCUCUUAGUAGUUUCGUGUGAUUCGGGACCCUCACCGUCGAAACGAGUGUUUUACUUCCUCUCGCCAAAGCCCGCCCAACAACAAGAGAAAACAAAAAAUCAUGUCCCCCCUCGUAGCGCAAUCCUCCAGCGGCGGCGGCGGCCGCCGACAACCCCGCGUCAUCCUCGGGCUGAUGACCUUCGGGCCGGACGAGGCGGCCGGCGCGCGCAUCACCGAGCCGAGCGAGUUCGGCAAGACGCUCGACCUGCUGCAGUCCCGCGGCUACGGCGAGGUCGACACGGCGCGCGUGUACGUCGGCGGCCGGCAGGAGGCCUUCACGCGCGAGGCUGGGCGCUGGAAGGACCGUGGCCUGACGCUCGCGACGAAGGUCCGGUACCCCAACCAGCCCGGGGACAAUCAGUAUGACAAGGUGCUGGAGAGUGUCGAGACGAGUUUGAGGGAGCUGGGGGCUGAGUGUGUGGAUUUGCUUUAUUUGCAUGCUGCUGACCGCGCCACGCCCUUCGCCGACACGCUCCGCGCCAUCAACGAGCUGCACCAGGCCGGCAAGUUCGUCCGCUUCGGGCUGUCCAACUUCACGGCCUUCGAGGUGGCCGAGAUCGUGCUGACGUGCCAGCACCGCGGCUGGGUGCGCCCGACGGUGUACCAGGCCAUGUACAACGCCAUCACGCGGUCGAUCGAGCCCGAGCUGGUGCCGGCCUGCCGACGGUACGGGCUCGACAUCGUCGUCUACAACCCGCUCGCCGGCGGCCUGUUCUCGGGCAAGAUCCGGUCCAAGGACAUGGUCCCCGCCGAAGGGCGGUACAGCGACAAGGUGGCCAUGGGCCGGCUGUACCGCGACCGGUAUUUUCGGGAUUCCACCUUCCGCGCGCUGCAGACGGUCGAGCGGGCGGUAGAGAAGGCCGGGCUGACCAUGAUUGAGACGGCGCUGCGGUGGGUGGUGCACCACUCGGCGCUGAAGGUGACGGAUGGGAACGACGGGGUGAUUGUGGGCGUGUCGAGCGUCCAGCAGCUCGAUCAGAACCUGACGGAUCUCGAGAAGGGUCCGCUGCCGGAGGAGGUGGUGAAGGCACUGGACGAGGCGUGGGCGCUUAGCAAGGUUGAUACUGUCGUGUAUUGGCAUAAGGAGCUGGAGUAUACGUAUGACACGCGCGAGGCGCUGUUUGGGGCCGCGUCGCAGUAGGUCUGUUAGUUGGAAAGUACUAACGUUAGUUAUGAAUAGGCAAAGGGAAAAUGAUAAAAUAAUGUCAGUGCUGGAGGGAGAGUCACAACAGAGAAGUGUUGCUGGGAGGAAGAGAAAGGUCUCUCAGUGGGUCAGGAUAUAACUGAAUUGAAUUGCUCG